AUGUCUCAGCCUAUUGUCCAUCGUCCGAAGACACCGACCCUCCAGCCGAAUACUCUUCAAGCACUUCAUCCCAGCGUUUUACCUGAAUAUGCCGACGCACCGUCCGAUUCAUCAGCCUCGACAUCGGAGUGCCCGUGCUGUGCGCCGUCCCCAUUGCCAGACCUAGAGGCUCUCGGCGAAGCUAUUCCAGAGUGCACACUUGACACCUUGGGCCUCGCGUCAACACCGGAAGGCCAGUUCCAGGCUUCUGUGAGUUUUCAACCGACUACUGAAUUCAGUACCCAAGCUGUCGCAACUGUCCCUCACAACAAACAGGCCAAGGGCCACUGCGACUUCCUAACGGCCGUCUCGCGAAAGACUAUCCGGGAUGGACUGACCUGGCUCGAGGCCACGGUCACUCGAGGCGGCAUACCGGUAGCCACCGCAACUGCUUUGUACGAUAAGAUUCACUCAGAUACUAUGGAUGACGCGCAGGUUCAGGAAGCCAGCCAACGCUGA